AUGAUUAAUUUAAUUUACAUCGUUCUUUUAACAUUAGUUUCCGCCAAAACCAAUGAAGAAGAAUUGAGAGAAGCUUCUUGCGUUAUAUUUUCAAGAUACAUACUAUAAGUUGAUUAAGUAUAAACCAACCCAUUAAUUGGAAAAUUAAUUAAGGAGCAAAAAUACAAUUAGGAUGAUGCCAUUUAUAUGGUAUAAGCAGCUGCCCUUGAUAAAUGUUUAACUAAUAUUAAACAAAGAGAAGUUACCAGAGUAAUCAUAUAAAUCUUAUAACAUUAGAUUCUUGAUGCAUUAUAGAAUUAAUAAAUAGAAUUAGAUAAAUACAUACAUCUCCAUGAAAAUAUUAAAUAUGAUAGAUUCAUCAAUAAUAAGAAAGAAGCUGCCAAACUUGCAUAAUUGAUUGAAAUUAUUAAAGAGGUUGAAGAGUUAAUACAAACUCAAUGGUAGAAGAGACCUGAGGUUGAAAAGAAAAGAUAAGAAUAAAGAGAAUCUGAAGAAAUCGAUCAAGAAAUUUAAGAUCAGUUAAGUGAUCUACCAAUUGUAGAGUAAUUUGAUCUCAGUAAAUUUUCUUUGAAGCAGAUACUACUCAAAAAUAAAGAAUAUUUGUAUUUUGCUAUCUUCAUUUUCGUUCCAAUAGUUUUACUAUUAAAUUGUAUUUAUAAACUUUAAUUAUCAGGUUGUUUCAAAAAGAAGCCUGAAAAAAAGGUUAAUACAAAAACUGAAAAGAAUGAAAAAAAAAGUUCAACCACUGAAGAACCUGAAAAUGAAAAAAAGAAAUCCUCUUCAGAAAAAAAAAGCGACAAGAAAGAAAAGAAUAAAAGCAAAAAAGAUUGAAU